CCCUUUGCGCCGUCGUGAGAAUGCCCUUGCUCCGCCGGUCAUCGCGUUGUUCCGCCCACCACUAUAUCGCCAGCCCCGCCCGCUCGUCCGUUAGCCCCUCCCUCCUCGCACCGUCAUUGGUCGGCGACGCCCCUCAGCAGCAGCACGUGUUGGUAGGCGGUCGCCGCCGCUCAUGCCGCUUCGUCUGCGUCUCCGCCCUAUGAGGAGGAGCGAGCGAGUCUCAGGCCACGCCUACCAGCAUCGUCGAGACCGCGCCCCUGAAGCAUGGACGCCGCCUCCGCAGCGGCCAUCAAGCACGAGAUGAUCUAUCGGGAGGACGACGUGCAGCUGCUGGUGAAAAGCGAACCGUCGCUGAUCGGCUACGGCGGCGGGAACGGCCUGCUGAGCGUCAGCGCAGCGUCCAGCGUCGCCGGCGCGUGCGGUGGCAACAACGCGUUUGCGAGCAGUGUUGCCAAUUUUGUCGGUACGACGGUCACCGUCGCGACGGUAGCCACUGCCGGGGGACAGGCCAUGCCACAAUUUGAACACAUGCCCCCCGCGGCCAAACGUCCCCGUACCAGUGGCGGCGCGGACGAUUUCCUCGGUUCCCCCUCCCCUGGCGCGAUGAGCGUCGGCGGAGGGGCCCCUCUUACUCCCUCUCCCGGUCCCCCCUCUUCUCAACCGUACGCCUCCAUAUCCAACGGAUACUCCUCACCGAUGUCAUCAGGCAGCUACGACCCCUACAGUCCAAAUGGAAAAAUAGGUGAGUCAACAUUUUCCUCAAACUUUUAUCUCUUUUUCAGCCGCGAAUAA